CAGCUGACGUGACUUUUCGUUUGUUGAAUCACUGGAAGCUAGAACAGAUAACAAACAGUUAAUGUUGCAAGAGGCUGAAGUGUUUUACAUUGUUUUAUACCUAAAAAAUAGUGACAAUAAUUUACCAAUCUCUUGUAUCUGAAACAGUUGUAUUGGUCAUUACGAUUUACCAGAAAUUACAUUAUCAACACACGUAGCCGUAUAGCAAGCUGAGGUGUUUUGUUUGAUAUUUGGAAAAGUGAUAUAAAUUAGACGAUGACCUCACAGAUUCGUCAAAUGCUAACCCAAUUAUUCGGUACACCCGAGUACCGAGUUCUAAUACUGGGUUUCGAUGCAUCCGGUAAAACAUCCAUUCUGUACAAAUUUAAACUGAAUAAAUUCCUACAAACUAUUCCCACAAUCGGCUUCAACGUGGAAACAAUCAAACACAACAAUUCCAGCCUAACGAUAUGGGAUGUGGGCGGAUGCGACAAAAUUCGUCCAUUGCUUCGGCAUUACUUUGCCAAUACCAAAGGAAUAAUAUUUGUUAUUGACUCGCAGGAGAAUUGCCAGUAUCGCCGGUUGGAAAUCAAAGACGAACUGUGGCGCAUAUUCGGAGAGGAGACACUGCAUAAUGUGCCAGUGCUGAUCUACUUAAAUAAAAUGGAUGUUGAUGACGGACUGCAACCGUACAAUAUCAUCAACGAAAUGAAACUGAAUGAACUCAAACAUCGACAAUGGUUUGUCCAAUCGUGCUCAGCUAAGACCGGUAUCGGUUUGUACGAAGGAUUGAAUUGGUUAGUAAAUGCAAUAAAAUCGCCGACACUCUCCGCUGCGGAGUAUGUUUAUUCUAAUCGAAUGGAAGACCAAUUGUUCGAAGAGAAAUCGUUGCUAUGGUUGUCACAAGUCGAUGACGAUACCAAUGAAGAAUUCAUUGAAAAGUUGGAGAGCCGAAAAAUGGGACAUUUCGAUCACAGGGUGCUGCUGCGGUCAAUUUGGAUUUAUUUGAAAACGAUAGGUCGACGAAAAACCAUCGAAUUGAUAUUCCCUUGCAUCAAAGCUUACAAUACCGAUUGUAAUGAGACGUUGGUCUACUUUUGGAUUCAAAUCGUUCAUUAUGCAAUCGAAGCAACUACAACUUUAGCAAACGAUUUUGCAGGCUUUCUGCUAAUGAAUCCACAACUAUUGAACGAAGCUGCAUUGCCCUUAACUUACUAUAAACGGGAAACGUUGUUCAGUGACCAGGCAAAAACGAUGGUCGUUUUACCAGAUCUUAAGCAUUUACCGAGUAUUGUACCAUCGUCUACCCGUGCAGUGGAGAAACCAUUGGAACACCAGGAACCAUCAGUUGUCGAACUAAGCGACGACGAUUUUCUGAACAAUUUCGAAUCGUGCACGUUAACAAACUGGUCACACAAAACUCACUUACGCAUGGCAUGGCUGUAUCUCACCCGCAACGAGCGUCGUGUGGCAGUAAAUAAAAUCUUCGACGGCAUCAAAAACUUCAUACAAACCAGUCCGAUAGCACGGAAGACAACGUUUCACUUUACCAUGACCUAUUUCUGGAUACAAAUGAUUGAUGCGGCUAUAGCGCAGAGUCCGAAAGACUUAGGCUUUGAGACAUUUAUCAGUGUGAAUCAACAUCUGAUGAAUGGUGGACUGUUUUUGGAAUAUUAUACGAAGGAUACGUUGUUGAAUAAUCCAAUAGCGAGACAGGAAAUGGUGCUGCCUGAUGUAAAGCCUUUACCGAGCGUGAUUUUGAGGGCUAAGGUCGUUGAACAGAAAUUUUAAAUUGAAGAAAGAUAAGUUGGGACAGUGGAAAAUAACUCAUUAAAUUCUCCACUCUCAACGCUCAAACUUUUCUCAAUAACGUCGCACUUUGAGUGGAUCCAUCAGGAACCGUAAAAGAAACUCCCGUUAACUGUGACAUCACGAAUAGAUUGCUUUAUAGAGUAAAAUAUGUUUUAUACAAAAAAAUUAUUGUUUGACAAAAUAGUUAGCUAGUGUAAAUGUAGCAUCGAGUAAAAUGUUUCAGCGUAAAUGCAAUAAAGUCUAAACAGGAAACUUAA